AUGGCCUCCCUCGACACCCCCGGUGAUGGCAUCACUGGGGGAUACACCGGUACCUCGCUGGGCAUGCGCAUCACCAUCGCGACCCUGGCCGGCGUCACCUGGUACAACGCCCUCGAGCUGAUCAUCCUGGUCUUCGUCACCUUCGCCCAGUACCGCGGCCUGUACUUCUGGAGUUUACUGCUCUCCUCCUCCCUCGGCCUGAUCCCUUACUCGCUGGGCUUCCUGCUCAAGUUCUUCCAGAUUACCAGUGCGACAUGGCUCCCCUGCACGCUGCUGACCAUCGGCUGGUACUUCAUGGUCACCGGCCAGUCAGUCGUCCUCUACUCCCGGCUCCAUCUGGUUCUGGCCAACCAGCGCGUCCUGCACCGCGUGCUCGUCAUGAUCGUGAUCAACGCCUUCAUCCUGCACCUCCCCACCACCGUCCUGACCUACGGCACCAACCUCGCCGCCGGCUCCGAGGAGAAGGUCUACAAGAACGGCUAUAAUAUCAUGGAGAAGAUCCAGAUGACAGGUUUCUGCCUGCAAGAGUUCAUCCUCUCGGGCCUGUACAUCUGGGAGACGGUGCGCAUGUUGCGCCUCGACCCAGACCGCACCAAGCGCAAGAUCAUGUACCAGCUGCUGAUCAUCAACUUGAUUAUCAUUGUCAUGGACCUGGGCCUGCUGAUCGCCGAGUACAUGAACUUCUACAUCAUGGAGACCAUGCUCAAGGGCGCCGUGUACAGCGUCAAGCUCAAGCUCGAAUUCGCCGUGCUGGGCAAGCUGAUCCACCUGGUUCACAACCAUGUGUGGAAGCCCGAGUCCUUCUCCGGCCCGAGCGAGUUACCCGACUUUGUCGACGCAACCCGCGUCACCUCCGACCUCACGCACGCCGCCCCGCCCAAGGCGGCUCGCGGCGGCCCGCACUGGAUGGACGCAGACGACAUCUCCAUCGCCAUGUUCGAACACUCCCCGAACCACCACACCGGAAACUCGGACCUGAGCGGGGAGACUACCACCGCCACCUUCCAACAAUACCAGCGCGACCACAGCCCGACCGACUUCACCGGCUCGGUCCAUCGAUAUUCAUACCAGAGUGGGCUCUCAAAGCCCAGCAAGCCAGGAUGA